UCGAGCUGCUCUUGCAUGCUUGACCUUGGCGCUCGUGACUGUGACUGUAUGCACCGAUGCGGACAUCAGCGUCACGCGCACAACAAUCACAAUCGUGAAUCCAUCCAUACACAGCAGGCCACUCAGCCAGCCACAGGAGUCACAGUCACAGUUGCGACCAUCGCAAGCAUACAAGCUGCCACCUCUCAUCUCGCACUUGGCUUUCCGACCGCCACGCUCACACUCUCGCGACAAUCAUGACGGAACUCUACUCUUCCUACACUUCCGACUACGAGCAGCUGCUCUCCUCCAUCCAGUCCACGCUCGAUUCGGUGAGCUCUGCCAAGGGCGAAGCUAGAGCAGGGGCGCUGCGCAGAGCAGACAUGGAAGCGGACGAGGCCGAGGAGAUUGUGGCUCAGAUGGAGCUGGAAGUGCAAGGCAUGCCGCAGGCCAUCAAGUCGAGGUAUCAGGUAGAGAUGCGCGGCAAAAAGGCAGAGCUGGAAGGUUUGAGGAAGCGUCUGCGUCAAGCGGCUGCGCAGAGUUCGGGACGAGACUUGCCGCCCUCUGCGUUCAACGGCGAUUCCGGAGACCUGGAGUCGGGCUUGGCGGACACGCAGGCUCAGCGACAGCGUCUUUUGCAAGGCACGGCCACGCUGGAGGAUGGAUCGAGGAGGCUGGAAGACUCGCACAGGCUCGCACUGCAGACAGAGGAUCUGGGUGCAGACAUUUUGCGCAACCUGAGGGGACAGAGGGAGCAGAUCGAACACUCGAGGGACACGCUCCGUCAAGCAGAUUCAAACAUCGAUCGAUCCAGUCGCACGCUGCAGCAAAUGAUUCGUCGCGCCAAGCAGCAGAGAUUGACCAUGGGCGCCAUUCUGGCCGUCUUGGUGCUGCUCAUCUUGCUCAUCUUGUACAGCAAGUUCUCGUAGGCGAGCCAUGCGCAACGUCGUUUCGCAUUAUCUGAACGAGUGAACAACCCGGCAGAAUCGUGUACAUUAGUCGAGCCACGACAUUAGGAUGCCAUCACUUGAGCGUCAAGUAUCGCAGUCAGUGCGCGUGUCUUUCAACCGAGCCACGCAAGGCACGCGAGAGAGUCGGGCGCAGCGAAUGAUGGCUAUGCCGUAGUCGUGAGCUCAAUGCCGCGCGUGGUGAAUUUGAGACGUGCCCGCAAGUCUUUUAAGCAACAG